UACCAGUGGUGAAUGUGACACAAUGGCACUUGCCGCCAUAUGCAGAAGUCUGCAAUCUCUAGCACUAAAAAGUCAACAGGACUGUCAACAGCAAAUUAUCAGAACUAUUCGUCAUCAGGCAGUGAGAUCUCAGACACUGUCAAACCAUCUGACGUCAGGAUGGAUGCCAACUAGCUCAGCAGCAUCGUCUGUCUGUUUGCUAAGACAAAGAGAAGCACAUAAAUUAGUGCUCAGCCCGUCGAGGCCCGAGAUUCACACGUCAGCUGUUGUCGGCAAGUUUAUUCCCUGGAAGAACACCCCCAAGUACACCAUCCGGGCAAUGGGGUUGAAGCAGUCAGCCGGACGCAACAAAACAGGAAGGGUCACUAUAACUGGAAGGGGAGGUGGCCACAAGCGGCGCUAUCGUAUGAUCGACUUCAAACGCAUCGGGCCAGAGAAGGGUGAGCCCUACAUGGAGAAGGUACUCGGGGUCCGAUACGACCCCUGCCGGACAGCUAACAUCGCCCUGGUGGCUGGCGGCAAUCACAAACGCUGGAUCCUGGCCACAGUCAACAUGGAAGCUGGCGAUAUAAUCAAAACCUCUGGCACCAUCGGCAGGAUGACAGUUGCUGCCAAUGAGGGUGAUGCCUACCCCUUAGGGGCACUCCCCAUUGGCUGCCUGGUCCACAACGUGGAGCUGUUUGAAGGCGAGGGAGGGCGCUUUGUGCGCGCUGCUGGGACGAGUGCCCAGGUCAUCCGCAAGACAGGAGGUCAGGUCAUUCUGCAGCUGCCGUCCAAACAGCAGAUCAGCGUCAGCGAGAAGUGCAUGGCGUCAGUGGGCCGAGUCUCCAAUGAGGAACAUAAUAAGAGACCCAUUGGUAAAGCCGGUCGCAAUCGAUGGCUGGGACGGAGGCCUUCCAGCGGCCUGUGGCAGAGGAAAGGCGGAUGGGCCGGCAGGAAGAUCAAGCCCAUUCCUCCCAUCAAGGUCUACCAAAGUGCCGGCAAGAAGGGCACGCAUAUCGAUGUGUGACACGGAUCAUGCUGCAUGAGGCUCGAACUGUCCAUCUUAUUGGGCCCGUUUGCCCAUUUAGGCCAAAGCCAUCAAUGAAUCUUCGCCAUCUCACUAGGACCAGGUUCAUCCGGUGAUCUUCAUUGGACCAAUUCAGGCACAGAGUUACUUUAACCCUAACCCU